UUUACAAUUUUUAUAUGUUGGUUUUGCAUGUACCUCACCCAUGUAUUUUCGCCUCUGCCCUUUGUUGAAGGUCCCUGAAUUCUUUAUCGCGGCCGGCGUCUCCUAGCAACAAAUGUAAACAACUGUUGGAACUGAGUUUUAUAGUGACUUGUACGUGCUAGCACGCGUGUUACUACGCUUUGAACGCAUUGUCACUAAAGUUUUACAUACUUGUGCUGUGAAUUAUUGAUCUCGGAACACGGGAUUUGCCAACUUUACUGGACGGAAUCAAACGUAAGGUGGAUCAGCCUUUCUUGUAACAACUCUAAGGUUAUCCACGCGUGUUAUGGUCUAUCCUUCAUCCGUAUUUCCUCACUGCUUUGACUGCUAAAAUACUUUGCGACUGUUAUCGAUAUUUUGUUAUAUACAAAUCAGUCACACGAGGACACACUUUAUUAUAGAUUUGUAGUUCAAAAAAACGCUUUAAUGUGUAGCGAAUACUACGAGAAGCUUGAAAUAAACAGGAAUGCGACAGACGCAGACAUCAAAAAGGCGUAUCGCCGCCUUGCACUCAAGUUUCACCCCAGCAGCAACAAAGAACCAGAAAGUGCCGAGAAAUACUACCAACUGGGUGAAGCCUACGAUGUUUUGAGUGAUCCUCGUAAAAGGGCAACCUAUGACAAGUUUGGAGUGGAAGGUCUCAAAGGUGGAAUCCCUUAUGAGUUUGGCAGUGGUGGAGCGUGGUCGUCCAAAUAUGUCUACCACGGGAACCCAGACAAAACCUUCCGACAGUUUUUCGGCAGUGACAACCCAUUUGCAGACUUCUAUACAAAUGACGUCCCACUGCUGUUGGGUGGCCUUCUGCCAGAAGAGGUAAAGACCCAAGACCCCCCAAUAGAGAGAGAUCUUCAUUUGUCCCUGGAUGACCUCUUUCACGGUUGCACCAAAAAAAUCAAGAUAUCUCGAAGAGUUAUGAAUGAUGAUGGCUACACAUCUGGUAUUAAGGAUAAGAUUUUGUCGAUAGAUGUAAAACCUGGAUGGAAAGAAGGCACGAGGAUUAUUUUCUCCAAAGAGGGGGAUCAGGGUCCAAGCAAGAUCCCUGCAGAUAUUGUGUUCAUAGUGCGACAGAAGAGUCACCCUCUGUUUAUAAGACAAAACAAUGACCUGAUCUACAAGGCCCAAAUCUCUCUAGCAAUGGCCUUGACUGGCUGUUCUGUCAAUGUGGAAACGCUAGAUGGCAGACUACUCAACGUUCCCAUCAAUGACAUUGUACACUUCACUUACCAAAAGGUGGUGACUGGAGAGGGGAUGCCAUUCUCCCAGAAUCCCUCCCAGAGAGGAAACCUCAUCCUCACGUUUGGAAUUCAGUUUCCCGAGAGGCUCUCUCCUGAGAGGAAGGAUCUCAUCAAACAAGCUCUGCUCUUUAAAAAUUGAUCACAUCUGGACUUUUUUUUGUUGUUGUUGUUUUUUCGCCACACGACAGGUUUAUGAAAAUGAAAAAGUCUGGCAUUUACCAUCCAGAAAUGACCCCAUGUCCAAAAGCAUUUGAACAAAGCAACAUAACAGUGCAUCUAACUACUAUACAGUAUGUGUUAUGUAAUUGGCAGCUGCCUGCAGCCCAUAGGCAGAACCAAAUGUUCCAACAAAGAUAACGCAGACUGCUGAGUCAUGCUGGAAACACAAGAACACCAUGCGCUGUACACAAAAUGAAAUCCAUAUGUUCCGUCCAUUAAACAUUUGAAGUCCUCCCAGCUUUCGCGUUUUUUUUCUUUGGCUCCUUUAGCACCUCCUCACACGUCUACACUUAAUCACCCAGCCUACACGUCAAAGUGUUGAUUUCCAUGUCAUAAACACAUUUGUUUGAAGUAAGCGUCUGACUUGUGAGAUGACCUAGCGGAGCAUGUACGCUAACAGGAUCUAAUAUUAUGUCAUCUAUACCCCUCUUAACUUUACCUGAAUGGAU